AUGCUCAAGGGGAUUGUCUUUAUUGAAUUACGCACGUAAGAACAAGUUAUAUAAAAGAAGUUGGGUCGAUUUUCAAGAAAGUCGCAGCUGACGCGUCUUCCGACUUGGAUGUGUCCUCUCAAAUUUGGAAUAAUUUAGGAAAAGUGGAACUUCGCAAUCCGACCAUGUCCGUAACCGGUGACCAUACCUUCGUCGCCUGGGCCGCCCAGCGCUCCGGCUACGGCGGCAACCUCACCGUGGUCGACAAGGUGCCCCCCGACAUGCUGCACCUCGUCGACGCCUACUGGUACCAGUACCCGCCCAUGAACCCCCUCUGGCACGGCAUCCUGGGCUUCGUCAUCGGCGUCCUGGGCGUCAUCGCCGUCAUCGGCAACGGCAUGGUCAUCUACAUCUUCUCCUCCACCAAACCCCUGCGCACGCCCUCCAACCUCCUAGUGGUGAACCUCGCCUUCUCCGAUUUCUUCAUGAUGUUAGCUAUGUCGCCGGCCAUGGUCAUCAACUGCUACCACGAGACCUGGGUCCUGGGGCCGCUCAUGUGCGAGCUCUACGGUAUGGCGGGCUCGCUAUUCGGCUGCGUGUCCAUCUGGUCCAUGACCAUGAUCGCCCUGGACAGGUACAACGUGAUCGUGAAGGGGCUAAGCGCGCAGCCCUUGACUAAAAAGGGGGCCAUGUUGAGGAUCCUCCUGGUGUGGACGUUCUCGCUGACCUGGACGCUGGCGCCCUUCUUCGGCUGGAACAGAUAUGUUCCCGAGGGAAACAUGACGGCGUGUGGGACGGACUACCUGACGAAGGACUGGAUGAGCAGGAGCUACAUCCUGGUGUACGCGGUCUGGGUGUACUUCACGCCGCUGCUGACGAUCAUCUACUCGUACUUUUUCAUUGUUCAGGCCGUCGCCGCCCACGAGAAGUCCAUGCGAGAGCAAGCAAAAAAAAUGAACGUGGCGUCCCUGAGGUCAUCCGAAGCGGCCCAAACUAGCGCCGAGUGCAAACUGGCCAAGAUCGCCCUCAUGACGAUCUCUCUCUGGUUCUUCGCCUGGACGCCAUAUUUGGUCACCAAUUUUGCUGGAAUCUUCGAAGGUGCCAAACUUAGUCCACUGUCCACCAUCUGGUGCUCGCUUUUCGCUAAGGCCAACGCUGUCUACAACCCCAUCGUGUACGGAAUCAGCCACCCCAAGUAUAGACAAGCUCUCCAGAAGAAGUUCCCCUCGCUGGUGUGCGCGGGCGAGAGCGACGACACCACAUCGACUGCUUCCGGGGUGACGAACGUCACCACCGACGAAAAGCCAGCAACGGCUUAAACCCAUGAUCACUUCUUUAUUUAAAUGACUGUAAAUCCGAAGAAAUAAAACUUAGAACU